ACUUGUAAAAAGUAUAGAAUCCAUUGGAAGAGAACCUGUUACGCCAAGAAAGAGGAAAUUUCAGAGGACUCAAAUCUUUGGAAAUAUUCUACGGAUCAUAUCCUAAGUGUAUACUUUGUUAGCAAGGACUUUUACAUCCCGUUUUGUCUCGUGUUUUUUUUUGAAGGGUAUAUUCUGUCAAAUAUCAGAUGAUUUAUGCGUAUAGUAUAUUUUUUAAAACAUUUUGAUCUAUUACAACUAGUGAAUCGUUAAGAGACAAGAGUAGUCGAUCUAUUCAGCUCGUCCGUAGCAUCAGUGUUUUUGCAGGUUACAAAAGUUUUUCCCUACUCUGACUUAGUAAAAAGUUUUGAAAUAACAGGGGCAUAUUUAGGGCGAGGGUGUUUGGAACGAUCAUCCCCAUUCCAAAAAACUAAUUUCUGUUUUUUCUGGCAGCGAAGUCUAAAAAAUAAGCUUCAAAGCAUGCUCUAUGAUUAGGGUGUGGGUGGGGUGGGUGUGGGGUGUGGGUGUGGGUGUGUGGGUGUGGGUGUGGGGUGUGGGUGUGAAUUGAGAUGGCAUUAACACCCUCACCCACACCCUUAUCUUUCUUGUAACUGUGUACGUAACAAUCAAUGCUAAAACAAAAAAAAAAGAUUAUUAAAAACGAUAUAAAAUAUUACGAUGAUCUUUACUAUUGAAUUUGUUAUAUCGAAUGGUACAAAAAAAGGCCGAAAGAAAAAAAUAUCGAAAGUGAAAUUAAUACAGCUUCAGCACAUCUUCAUCCGCUUUCCUGCACUUACAUAUGGGUGUGGGUUUGAGGUGGGGUGGGUGUGGGUGUGAGGUGGGGUGUGGGUGGGUGUGUGUGGGUGUGGGUGUGAGGUGGGGUGUGGGUGGGUGUGGGUGUGGGUGGGUGUGGGUGUGGGUGUGGGUGUGGGUGUGGGUGUGGGUGUGGGUGUAGAUAUGAGUCUUUUCCUUAACAACACCCACACCCACACCCACACCCACCCACACCCAAAUAAAACGUAAAGUUAAUUAUCAAAAAUCUGUUAAAAAUUUGGAAUAGGAUUGAACGAGUGUUGCAUCUUUUGCUGUUGUACAAUUUUAUACAUAUUUGAAGGCUUUGACUAAUGUGCACUAAACAUAUAAAAAUUUUAAUUAAAAUAGACAUUAUUCGAAUAUAUAUGAGAAGGACAAAAUCUUUUUUUUUUAUUUAGUAUCCAGCAGUACAAGAACCACCAAAAGAAAUUCCUAUUGUUAAAUAUAAUAAUACAAAUUUACUAUUGGGUCCAUUCGAUCCAACUCCACCUGGUCUAAUGAAACACUUGAUCAACAAAUUGUUUACUGAAGAAGAAAUAAGAAAUCGUCAACAUGAACAGAUUAAUGAACGAACAUUAAAAAUACAAGAAGCAAUUCAAGCAUAUUUUUAUCAAGGUGAUCAAGAUGCAGUUGAUUUGUUCUGGGAUGGUCAUGGAAAAAUUGUUCGUGAAAAUCAGCGUCGAGGACGUUUACAUCGACAUAAACUACGAACUGAAGAUGAAACACAAACAAAUACACAAACAACAACAGAUAAAACAACAGUUAAUGAUGAUAAUCAAUAA